CACAACAUGAUUAUUUCUCAGUGGAUUGUUCCAAUAAUUUAUUCUGAUUUCGCUGUGUUGGACGGUUCCAAUAACACGAAAUCAUUCACCUCUUUCCCUUUUUGACUUGUAUUUCUUUCACGUUCUUUCUGCUUCCUGCUUUUUCUUUUUUCUCUUCUUCCCCAUCUUCAAUCUUCCAUUGAACUUUUUUGGCUUACAUUUCUCUUCUUUGAGAGCAUUUUUAAAUCGUGGACAUUUCAUGGCAGCUUCGUUUGAUUGUCAGUCAUCCAUUCUAGUAUCGCUCAAUCGAUUGGAUUUUGAUGAUUUGAACAGCCUUUGGUUUGUCUUUAGCAAAUGUAGGGAGCAUUUGAAAAACGGGUAUCGACUAGAAAACCUCUCUUGGCGUUUAUGGUAUCGACGACAACAUGCCCCAUCUCAGCAUUUGAUAGCGUCUCUAUCAGCUGAUCAUGAUGCAUGGUGCUACGAGGAAUCCCAAAAAGGGUAUCACUCAAAUGUAACACCCACAACCACCCCACCGCUGAGCGAACGGGAUACAGAAGAUGAACAAAAAGAUUUACACAACACCAGCAGUAGCGAUACAGAGGACGACAAUGACAGUCAUUACAUUAUUGAUACCGAUGAAGAGGAUGAUUUUCUUGCUGAUGAAGACCUACUAGACGACGAUGACGACGAUUACGAUAUGGCAGACGACGACCAUUGCGAACAAGACGCUCUUGAAGACGGCAACGCAAAUAUUAAAAUGAAUAGGUUAAAUCAUGUUGUAAAAGUAAAUGGACGGUCGAAAUACAAAGACAGUCAUCAGGCAAAGCAAAUGACCGUUGAACAGUGUUUCAAAAAAACGCAACCCCAACCUGCCACACCACGCCCUUCACUGCUUUCGAAAUUACUCGCUCGUGACUCCAUCAUCAGUACGUGCCAUCAUACUCAAUAUCCUACCUUGCGCCCGCGCACUUUUAAUCUACCCAAUCCUCCUUCUACCCCCUCCCACGGCAAAGAGCUGUCGGAAAGCCUUUGCCACAUCAUGACGGAAAAUAGACAACCAAAAAAGUUCUUCAUUCAUAAUAGACCUUGCGAGCCAUCAGAUAUUCACUGGCUGGAAAGUUUCCAUGGUUGGUAAUAAAACAAUUGUUUCUCCCU